UGUGUCUAUGUCAGGCAAGCAUGAAGUCGGUGGCUCUCACUUUCUGGCUCCUCUGCUUUCAGUUUGAAGCCCUGUGCGGAGCUGACACCUGCUCAUCACGAUUAUGCAAAAACAUAGAUCGGCCUCAUGUCUCUGACCCCCAGCUGGUGGUGGAUUUUAGUAGUGGAGACUUCAAGCUCACAUUCCACAACCCCAAAAACGUGAGCGAGUUCAGCAUGAUCCUUUUCAAAGGGCACGAGAAGCAGCAGAUCUGCGCGCUCCACGUGAGCAAAGGGAACGCCAUUCCCGAGAGCAACGUCACCUACUGCCACGCAGAGCAUUCAAACAGCAGCACCACCUUCGUUCUCAAAAGCCUGGAGAGAAAGCAUGAGGGCAUUUACACCUGCUGCCUGGAGAUGUUUUUACCCCCUCCUUACAUAGAGUGCAGGCUGAACGAAACCUAUCUAUACAUCCCAGAAAAGGAAAAGUGCAUCUCUACAGGACUUGUGUCAGGGAUAGUUAUUGGACUGACAGCAUUUGCCAUGAUCUCCUGUGUCUGCUGUGUAGUAGUGUGCUGCUUAAGGAACAAGAAUCAACAGUGCGACUCCAACUCCCAUGAGUACAACAGCGAGUACAUGCCCAUGGCAGCAGUGAAUGCAGCUAAGAAACCAAGAAUCUGA